UAUACAUGCGCAGCUUACUGCAUGGCUCGAUCGGAUUUCAACAAAGACUACUUGGCAGUUAUGUCGGGCGAGAAGAUACCAGUUGAGCUAUCCAAAGGCAUUAAUGGCCUUGAGAAGGUCAUUCUGCGAGACCCCCGCGGCAGUUCUGCUGAGGUGUAUUUGUAUGGGGGUCACGUGACAUCUUGGAAGAAUGACCAUGGCGAGGAGUUGCUUUUUGUCAGUAGUAAGGCUAUAUAUAAGCCACCAAAAGCAGUUCGUGGAGGAAUUCCAAUAUGCUUUCCACAGUUUAGCAAUCAUGGCUCUCUAGAGCAGCAUGGAUUUGCUAGAAAUAGGUUCUGGACUGUGGACGAUGACCUGUAUCCUUUCCCAACAAAUCCCUCAAAUAAUGCUUUUAUUGAUUUGAUCCUUAGGCCGUCUGAAGAAGAUUUGAAAAUCUGGCCUCACAGUUUUGAGUUUCGCCUGAGGGUAGCUUUGGGUCCUGGUGGAGAUUUGAUGUUGACAUCUCGCAUCAGGAAUACUAAUGCUGAUGGAAAGCCAUUUACAUUCACUUUCGCUUAUCACACCUAUUUCUCUGUUUCAGACAUCAGUGAAGUUCGUGUUGAGGGAUUAGAGACACUGGAUUAUCUUGACAACUUACAGAACAAGGAGCGUUUUACUGAACAAGGAGAUGCAAUAACAUUUGAAUCAGAAGUGGACAAAAUAUAUCUGAGCACUCCUACAAAGAUUGCAAUUCUGGAUCAUGAAAAGAAGAGAACAUUUGUAAUUCGUAAAGAUGGGCUUCCAGAUGCUGUGGUGUGGAAUCCAUGGGAUAAGAAAGCAAAGGCUAUGGUUGAUUUUGGUGAUGAUGAGUACAAGCAUAUGCUGUGUGUGGAGGCGGCUGCUAUUGAAAAGCCUAUUACACUAAAACCUGGUGAAGAGUGGAGAGGAAGGCAGGAACUCUCUGCUGUUCCUUCAAGUUACUGCAGUGGGCAACUUGAUCCUCAGAAAGUUCUUCUCAGCAGCUGAAAGAUUGAUCAUUGUGAUCUAUUUUCUGUACAGGUAUAUGUUUGCAACACGUGGAUGGAUUGGUAUAAUGAUGUCUGGCCUAUAUUUUAUUUUUUGUUUUUUUUCUUGUGAAAUUCCCCCUCUUGGUUGAAAAGAUGGGUCCAAUACUGGCUAGGACUGUUAAAUAAUGCAGCUCUUAAAUGACAAACUGUUUGAACCAAAAACAAAGAUUGAUAAAUGGGUAUUAUUCAUAUUGUGUCAAAAUGGAACAGACAGAUAUAACUCUGAAUAGAACUAAGAACAAGUGCUGCUAUUAUGAUGAAAAUGAAAUGAAAAUACAUAUAUUCUGUUA